AGAGCGCCCAAUGAUAUGAUAUGAUUCCUUUAGUUGAUUUAUAUUUAUUUUGGUUGUAUAAAUUAGUGUGGAUUUGCAUGGGAUGGGGUUGGCUUUUCCUUUUCCUUUUCCACAGCAGAGUGAUGUCCAUUGAAUGAGUGUUCCCCCCAUCUUGUUGCCGACCUCUCUUUCUUCCACAUCCCUCUCUGGCUUUCUCUCUCUCUCCCUAUAUUUAGUACUCUUGUCUCUCUCGCCCUUGGCUUCGUCCAUCUCUUGGUGAACUCAGAAGAAACAGAAACCCCACCCGCAAGCUGUCUUCCAUUCCAUCGAUCGAUCGAUCUCUGCAAAUGGGUCGAACUCCAUGCUGCGACAAGGUGGGCUUGAAGAAAGGGCCAUGGACGCCUGAAGAAGACCAGAAGCUCUUGGCUUACAUUGAAGAAAACGGCCAUGGCAGCUGGCGCUCUUUGCCCGCCAAAGCUGGGCUUCAGAGAUGUGGCAAGAGCUGCCGGCUCCGGUGGACCAAUUAUCUCCGCCCCGAUAUCAAGCGAGGCAAGUUCAGUCUACACGAAGAACAAACCAUCAUUCAACUCCACGCUCUGCUCGGCAACAGAUGGUCGGCCAUAGCAACCCACUUGCCCAAGAGAACGGACAACGAGAUCAAGAACUACUGGAACACGCAUCUGAAGAAGAGGUUGGCGAAGAUGGGGAUUGACCCGGUGACCCAUAAGCCCAGGAACGAUGCGCUUUUGUCCGGCGCAGCCGCAGCCGUAGCCGACGGCCACUCCAAGAGCGCCGCCAAUCUCAGCCACAUGGCACAGUGGGAGAGCGCCCGCCUCGAAGCCGAAGCCCGCCUCGCCCGCCAAUCUAAGCUCCGUUCCGCCUCCGCCUCCUUCCUCGACUCCACGGCCUCCACUCCUCUGAACAAACACUGGAACGCCGGCGCCGGAGAGAGCUCUUCUUCCACGGCGUUCGUAGAGUUCGUCAAAGGAAUGGAGAAAGACGAUGGCCAAGAGGACUGGAAGAGCCUCGACAACUCAACGACCCAGUAUCCGGAGCUCAAAGACGGAGUGGAGAACUCGGUUUCGUUCACGUCGGGGCUUCAGGAGAUAGCUAUGGACGGAGUUUCGUGGACGCCGGAAUCUCUCAGAACCGGGACGUCGGACCAUGUCAACUUCAUGGAGAGGUUCACGGACCUCUUGAUCAACGGCUCCGCCGACGGGAAUUUCUCUGACGGCAGCGGCGAAUCGGACAGCGGCGGCUGCGGCGAUUACUUCGAGGAUAACAAGAAUUACUGGAACAGCAUUCUCAAUUUGGUCAAUUCUUCCCCUUCUAAUUCGCCCAUGUUCUGAAAGUUAAACUUUGGAAUUUGGAUCAGUCAAACAGUAUAAACGUUGAGGCAAUUAUUUAUUUCUUAUCACUGAAAUUAAUGGUUCUUCCAUUGUUACCAAAACCAUGUACUCUCUCUCUCUCUCUCCCAAUUGUGCAUUAUCAACUCGAACAAUGUUUCUUC